UCGAGAGCGGGAGGGCUACGCCUAGCCAGGCGCACAGGGAGGGAAGGGGGAUAUUUCCGCUCACGUGAUUUCCGGCAGGGCACUCUAGUUGGCCGCGCACUUCGAUGCUCCCCAGGUGCUGCGGCCGCAGUCCGCCCUGGCGCUGGCGGAGCAUGCGCAGAAGCCGAGCGUGCCCUAGCAACCGCCUGGGUGACAGUAGCAACCGGAAUGGCAAAAGCAACAACUAUCAAGGAAGCUCUAGCCAGAUGGGAAGAAAAAAAUAGCCUGAAGGCAUCAGAGGCCAAGGAAGUGAAACUGUAUGCCCAGGUUCCUCCUGUAGAAAAGAUGGAUGCAUCUUUGUCCACACUUGUUAAUUGCGAGAAAUUGUCUUUGUCUACAAACUGCAUUGAAAAAAUCGCCAACUUGAACGGCCUAAAAAACUUGAGGAUCCUGUCACUGGGGAGAAAUAACAUAAAGAAUCUAAAUGGAUUGGAAGCAGUUGGGGAUACAUUAGAGGAGCUGUGGAUCUCAUACAACUUUAUUGAGAAGCUGAAGGGGAUCCAUGUCAUGAAGAAGUUGAAGAUUCUAUACAUGUCCAAUAAUUUGGUGAAAGAUUGGACAGAGUUUGUGAGACUGGCAGACUUGCCAUUACUGGAAGAUCUGGUGUUUGUUGGCAACCCACUAGAAGAGAAGUACUCUGCCGACCAGCAGAGCAACUGGGUUGAGGAAGCCACCAAGCGAGUGCCUAGACUGAAAAAACUAGAUGGUAUCCCAGUUAUUAAACAAGAAGAAGGUGAAGAAGGAGAGAACUAACGCGACUAUUUCUUGUUUGGCAUUAAAUUAUUUAAGAAGCUCUGGAACAAUUCAGUAUACAAAGCUUUUGUAUAAACAUUUGUUUUGAAAAUGUUCAGGCAACAUUUUAAAAUUAGCUCAUCUCCAUACUCUUGUCUCACCCAAAGAGUUGCUUACCAAAACCAGGGGAUGCCACCUCUGUGCAUUUUGUUCCCUGGUUUAGGAAUUAGUGAAUUGAGGUUGCCUGCUGUUUGAUUAAUUAGAGGCCUUUACCUAAAAGAUGGAUACAAUUUUUUAUCCCUGAAUAGUGCUGCUUGUAGAUCAGUCUUGGGUAACAGUAAAACAAUGUUGUUUGUCAACUUUGUCCAGCUGACACUAACAUUUAAAACAUGAAGGCCAAAACAGCAUUGUUUUAUGUAAAAGCCUCUGUAUACGCUAUGCUCUCACAAGGAUUGGAACACUUUAAAUAUGUGAGGCUUCCUUUUAUGCUCCUUCAACUAUUAUGCCAAUUAUCUGUAGCCAAACAGACCUAAUAGUUGUCAUGGGCUUAUGCCUUAAAAAGGUAUUGCUAACAAUCUUGUGCCAUCAGUCAUAGGCCCAGAAUUGGCUGUUCCAAGAUACAUUAGCCUCUCAACAUCAUAACCCAGAAGGCUGCAAAUAUUUUUAUAUAUUUAUUUAUUUUAAAUGAAGAAAUGGAAAUUCUUUACAUGGCUUCCAGUGGAGUUAAAUUACCUAUUGUUUUUUCUUUACAUUAAAUAAAAAGUAGAUGCUUUAGGAUUGAAUCCAUAGACAUACUCGCCCUAAGUGGCUUGUGAUAUUAGCCAGAACGUGACUUUCUUUUUAACAGGCUAAUGAAUGCAGUCCUUCACAGCUCUAGAAUCUUGCAGUAAAUUAAGGAGGUUGACACCUUGCCAGAAACAAACAAACAGAAGACUGGGGCUCGAGAAUACCUUUCAUAAGCUUUGAUUUGAGGAUACUCACAUGUUUCAAAAGCACAGAUAUAGGCAGCGGAAUUAAACGUGCAUGUAACUGGUAGAGGAGAAGAAAGGAGUUUGGAAAUAGGAACAGGAAAAUAAAUAUUUAUGGGAAGCGAUAUGUCCCCCUGUCAUAAGGGUUCAUUUUAAGUGAAGCCCGCCGAUUGUUAUAAAGAAAUUCUUUUCAAUGAAAAGUGUGAAGUAGUGAUUAGAAAAAGCACUUAAAUUUACUGUAUGGGUCAUUGCAGACUUCUCCCUUCUUAAGAAUCGAUAAAAUGCCAUACAGGUUUUUCCAACUCAGGUUUUUUAACUUCUAGGGCUUUUUUUUCUAUUCCUGAUGCUCUUCUGGUUUAAUUUUAAAUUAUAAUGGUAACAAUAAGCACAUUGCUCAAUCAGGAACAAACAGUGAGGGAAGAAAGCAAGCACAUCCCCACUCUUACUUUGCCUCAUAUUUCUGAAGUUGUGGCAGUGGCUGAGUUUUUGAACACAAGGGCAUAGAUGAGAACCAUGAUGCAGUUGGCCCCAGACAAGUAUUAUACAGCUUCUGGUAUUACAAACAGCAUCCUUAAUUUCCCUAAGUCUAAUUUUGAUAGAAGAGAAUCCCAACUUUGAUAAUCAAGCUGCAAGUGAGCAGUGUGAAGUUAAAGACUAAAAGGAGCACUCAGUGUUAAUUAACUUUGUUUAUAGUUACUCUGCACCUUCCUACAGAAAGUUAUGACUUUCUUGCUGAUAAAGUGUCCAUGGCAGGUAGAGUCAAAUAUAAUUUCUGUUGUUCCUUUUUAACAAACAGUUGCAGAGCACUUUCUGCUUUUGAUAUAUUUCACCUAGGAUGAUUCUAGGCAGUCUCUGUUGACCUGAAUGCAUUCUGCUUCUCCUCUCUCUAGGGUCUGCUAUUCCAGGGGCCUGGCUGGCUGUCUGGUACUCAGCUUGCUGUUUGAAAGUACUUUUCUAGGAAUAGUUUCCUGGCUUUAUUGAGAUUCCAUUGAUCAUAGAAAGUGUGAUUGGUUAUGGUGGGAGCUAUACAGAUAGGUGGUCACCAGGCUCAUCACUUCAACACUGGAGCACCAGAUUUGUUUUAGUUAGCAAUGAAUAGUGAACAGUAUUAUGUAUGUUUGAAGCCCCCAUUGCACUCAAUCAGAUGUCUUCUUCACUAGAGAAGUGGGCUAGGCUUGUGUCUUUGAAUACUGUAUGGAAAAUACCAGUGUUUAGUGCAAGCAAAAGCCUGAGUGGAAACAAAACUUCACUUCUGAAUCCUUGUAAAUGGAGGAAUUGCCAAGUAGGUACAAUCCCUCCUCCUGUAGCUUACAAAGUGCUAUUGAGUGUAGGGGAGAAUUACCAAAGUAGUCUUCUAAGGGCAGCAAGGAUGAACUACUUACAAAAUUGAUCUACUCCUUAUUUACUAAUGAGAGAGGUUGUUAACCACAUUAGUCUUAAGUCAAGCAGAAGGCAGGUCAGGGUGGGCAACUGCAAAACCAGAAAUCAUCUGCAGCCUAGAUUGUUUUAAGCAUGGUCUCAGCAGAGACUCUGGAUUCUUAUCCCGUUAUCUGGACUAGGUUUUGUGACUGUUACAUCCAUCUGUGGGUUAACUGAUUCAUUUAGUUAUUUUGAUCUCUUCAAUCCAUCUUUGCCUCUGUUGGCAAUACCCUUUCCCUAUCCUUUCCUCCCCCUUUCCCUACCCUUUAUGUUUAGAUGCCUUUAUUCCUUUCUAUUUAGUACCUGUGUUCCCUAACAAAUCUAUUUGUAGCACCUGAUUAAGUAGGGAGCUGACUACAAAAGCUUAUGCCUUUCUGAACAAGUUAUUCUCUAAGGUGCCACCCUGUCCUGCUGUCUGCAUUAUUUUCUGAACUGGAUUCCCUUCCUAAGUCUUGGUAUGAAGGUUUUCCAAAGUUACACAUACUGUGAUUCUCUGGGCACAUGGGAUACCUGCUGUAUCAGUGUUAGUUACAGUAGGGCCAGUGGUAACUGUAGCUCAUGUAAUUACUUCGGAGUACUGCCCACAGCUUUCAUCUUGGGUAGCUCCUGGGCCCACAGCAGACUCACUUUUGCUAGUUGUACUUUCAGAGAAAAAAAUGCCCCAUGUCACCACCAUACAUACAGCGAUCACAUGCUUGUGUCAUGCUGGAGUCCUGUUUUAUCUCCUCUACACCCCAUUGGAGAGCGUGUAUAAAGUGGAAAGGAGGGUGUUAAGCAGCGGAAAACAGCAACUCUAGAUAGUUGAAAAUAGCUCUAACACACCCUUUAGAGAGGAAUAUGCAAUAGUGUUACCAUAGAAUAUGGCCAGUCAGAACAGUGGCCACAAAGUAGUUUAUGUAGUCUGCUGUUGCUGCUUUGUCAUUUUAGUUAAGAAUUCACUGGUUAUAUUAAAUUAUAGCUAAUUAACUCUAUUAGAUUAAAUGAGACAGCAGAGUGGGUGUAAGAGAGACCUUUCAAUGCUGCAGCCUGUUUUGCAGGUGGUAUGCCAGUAUACGAGUAGCUACAGAUGCAGUAGUUCUUCUGUUCUGACUGAACUGAGAAAUUUUGAGGCAAAUAUUGUGAGAGUCAGGGAUUCUUUUGGGUGAUUUUUUUUUUUUUAAUUGAACUCCAUGGUUAGGAUAAAGUUUGACAAGCUUUCAAAUGCUUGGCCUUCUUCAACAUGUCACUCUAACACCAUGAGAACAGAAUAGGAAGUGGGAAUUAGUGCCUAAUACUGCUGUACUGAGGAACAGACUAGCGUAAGCUUUACCGAACAAAGUGGAAUUCAUGGCUCCUGUAUUGUUCUACACGUUGCGUGCAUCUACGUGUGCAAUUAAUGCAGCGCAAUAAACUCUGGAGCAGUUCAAGCCAGAGUGAACUACUUCCAAGUGCAGCAUCUACACAUGCACCCUGAACAGCAGCAUUUUGAGCCAGAGUAGAGCAGGCCUAGGCUGGCAGCAGGCUCUGGGGAGUCAGCCUCAAGCUGUGUGGCAGUGUCGGGCUGGCUGGGGCAUGUGCGCGCCAAACGUAAGCCUUUUCUUGGGGUUACUUGAUGAAUUCAAUGUUGAAAUAAUACAGGGGCGGGCAAUUAUUCCAGGUGGAGGGCUGCUUACUGAGUUUUGUCAAGUCAUCAAGGGCCACCGGACAGGCAGCCAGGGACAUAUAAAUAUUAAUUUUAUUAAUUUUUUUAGGGGCCCUGCAGACCGGGUAAAAUGGCCUGGCAGGACACAUUUUGCCCACCCCUGAAAUAAUAGCAGUGCUAAUGACAGGCUUACCUGAAACACUGUGUUAAGGAAUGGGCAGACAGUGGGAUUCUUUCCUGUCAGGAAAAUCAAGGUGAAACUCAGCUCCAUGUUGCCCUGCCUGAUUUAUUAAUCGUGGUUGCUUUUAUGAACAAGUCAAAAGAAGCCUAGCCACCAAACUUUUGUUUUCUUUGCAAAAUACAAUGGGGAAGGGGUGUUAUAAAUUUUUAAAGAUUUGCACUUUAAAUAUGCACUGGAUGUUGGUGAAGAGUACACAGUAUGGCAAAGGUAUAGCAGUUAACUUUGCUUGGUGGUAUCAUUGUACCACACUGCAAAUAAGCAAAUAGAAAAGCUUUAACUAGACUUUCAAAGAGUAGCUGCCUUGCAGUGAAUUUGAUGGGUUUCCUUUUUCUGUUUGAUCUUCCAUGUUUCACCACGUCCAUUAUGAUACCUAGCACACAUUGCUCCUGGAUGGAAGGAGCACUCAUAAAAUUUCAAGCCAUGUGGAAUCCUGCUCUGCUCAUUAGAAAUAUGGUGGGUUAACUUUUCCCUGCUUUUCCCACAUAGACAUGCAUUAACUUAAAAUUGAGUGAUAGCAAAUAGAUGGGUUGUUUGCCAGCAUGGUAUCAGACUAAACAGCCAAUGCAUGCAGCUAUUACACUGCAAACUGUUGGAAGAAUUUAUGUUAAAACAGCAGUUUUUGCUAUCUAUUUGUGGACCACUCAGCUUACACUGGAAGUCUUGUCUUCUGAGUAAACUCCAAAUGGGAGACUGGUUUUAACACCUAGUUUGUUGGCAAUCUUUUAUAUACAGUAAUUUUAUAGCAUGACCAAGUUGUUAUAAUGGCUGUGUAUUAAAUUAAUUUAGGCCUGUUUCUAAAUGUUACUUUGUGAGACUUGUUUAAAAUAGUAAUAAAUGUUAUUUUAUAAGAAGAAAAA